AUGGACGACGAAUCUCCGACAGAAACCUCAAGGCGCGACAUCGCCAAACGAGUGUCACGAGCCUGCCUACACUGCAGACAGCGCAAGUCCCGAUGUGACCUAGACAGCAACGGCAACCCAGGCAAACCACCCUGUCAGCGCUGCGUCCGCGAAAACCGCGAAUGCAUCUUAGGCGGCUCAAAUCGUGGGGGCCGUCGAAUCCGCAAGAACAAGAUCAAAAACUUCACUCCGGCAAAUCCCUCGCCAAGCAAAGAUUCCGACGCUUCAAGUCCAGCUAAUUCAGAUAAUCGCCCGGCACAAUCACAACCUUCUUACCCCGGCCCUGUGGUCUUUUUACCUCCUAACCCGCCAGCCCCGGCUUCCGUCGCCGUCGAGGAAGACGAUGCCUCUAUAAACUCCGUUCCGCGCAAUCCGUCCGACGCGUGGCAAUGUCUGACCGGUAUCGCGACGCAGGGCGCCGGCACGGCUGAACCGCGUCAGGACCGUGUUCGCUCGGAGUCGACUAGUUUCUCCACAUAUAAUGGUCUGCGCGCUGGUGUAGUGUCGGACUUUACAACCCCAAACACUGGGAUCAGGGCUUAUAGACUUGUUCAAUCGCGGUCACUAGAUCCGGAGACGGUGUGGCAGCUUAUUUCUCGCUACGCGGAGAACUUCCACCCGUACCUCCCGCUCGUGCCGCGCAAGUAUUUCGUGCGCUCUGCCCUGGAUGACUUUGCUGGUAAUGAGAAGCACUUGCUCACCGCCGUUCUGACCAUCGCGUCUAAGGAUCUGGUCGAUCAACCUGAGAUCCAUGAGUACUGCUCGAAAUACAUGCACGAAUUGAUCUCUGGCAUUGCUGCCGGCGCAGAGUGUGAUGUCGAAGCAGUGGAGGCGCUCUUACUACUGGCAGAGUGGGAACCGCAAGGUCUGCGACCUCGUAUCGAGCGCGUGGGACGAGGCGAGGAAGACCGCGCUGCGUGGAUGCAUGUCGGGCUUGCUUUGCGCUCGGGAUACUUUAUUGGCAUGGAUCGCACGUCCUUCCGGGGUGAUCCGUACGGUGAUCAGGAGAGCGAGGCGCGUCGCCGGCUGGCGUGGGCUAGCUGUUAUGUUUCUGAUCGGUUGAUUUCUGUGCGUAUUGGACGUGCGUUUUGGUCGCGAGGACCUGGACCGAUGACUGGUCUUGUCAGUCAGGAUUUUCCUUCGUUGCAGCCUGUUAAGGAGGGCGAUGAGGAUUAUUCGAAGAUUUGGCAGGCUAUGUUGGAUUUGACGCAGCUUUAUGGGAAUGUUCAUGAGGUUUUGUAUUCUGGUAUGCGGGCCAGUAACCAGAUGAUGUUGAUGGGCGAUUAUGUGAAAUAUGUGGAUGAUUUCCGUCUUGCUAUCUUGCGGUGGAAGUCACUUUGGGGUUCAUUGGAUUGCUCACCACCCAUGCGAGCAACUCUGCAGUUAUCAUAUGAGUAUCUGCGCUUAUACACAACGGCAUUUGCAUUCCAAGCCGCCAUCUCUCAAUCGCUCGUCCAGCCGAAGACCGAUGGGCAAGGCCAGCGAGAAAAACUACGAUCAACAUUCAAGAAUGUGGCCUCGAUGCAGGAUUCGCGGUUCAUCUAUGAAUCCGUCGACGCAGCUAAAUCAUACUUGACCAUCCUUGUGGACUCGGUAGAUCCGGAGAAGCAUCUCCAUUUCAUGCCUCUCCGUUUCUAUCUGUAUGGAAUCUACUCUGCUGUUUUCCUCUACAAAGCCCGAUCAUUCGGGAUGAUGGUCCCAUCAGAAGAAGCAAAAGUCCAAGGCCUCGUGGCGCGAACCACAGAAGUCCUCAAACAAGCAAGUGCCGGCACCGACGAUGUCGGCUCACGCUACGCCCGCCUCCUCGAACUCCUCUGGAAACCCAAAGCAGCCAACUCCAACCCCUCUGAGGCCCAGAACAGCGAUUUCUCACUGCAAGCCCUACCAAACCCGGUAGCAGACCCGGGCUACAUGCAAUUUAGUCCCGCAAACGAUUUCUCAUGGCUCGACUUGGAGGCUGUAGGCGACUAUGUAUCUGGAGACCAGAUUUCCGGCGGGUUAUUGGGCUUGGAUGCAUUCCAGAACGCAUCUGAUAUGUAUCAAGGCCAGGAUCGAUCGCAGGCGUGGCAACCGUCUGCUUGGAUGGGUGAUAUGAGCAGUAAUCUUCUGUUCUAG